AUGGAAAUAAUCGAUGCAAACACGGCUAUACUUAGCAAUUUUGAGGUUCUGGGACUUUUGAACAGUUCAAGAGUCAAAGGAGACCAAACCAGGAAUCAAAGUGGGUCCUUAGCCACCAUCACGUAUGAAGCCAUAAAAUAUCUUGAAGGCACGCCAGCUGCAGUACAGUCUGAGGGUUGCUUCAAGAAAUUUCUCGAGGAUGUGAAAAAGUUUGGACUGACUAAAAAAGAGAAAACCAUGAUCUUGAAUCUGAGGCCUAAAACUGACGUUGAAAUAUCACUGAUUGUCCAAUCUACAGAUCAGGAACGGUUGACUGAAGAACAAAUUGAGGAGCUCAUAGAACUCAUUCAAAAUACUUUGCCAGAAUAA